UGUCCCUUUAAAUGAGCUUUGAGUGUCAACUCGUCCGUUAGUCCCGCCCCCUCGUCCUUUAAGCAGCCAAUCAGAGCGCAGCGCACGUGACGAGCGUUCUUUGCGAUGACCUCAUCCCUGGUGUGGGAUGACGUCAAAUUCAAGAUGGAUGGAAUCACGACCAGCGCGCAGAAAUCAUCUACUACACAACAGUGAAUAAAGUGGCGUCUGUGUGGAGGAAAGAGCUUGUUGACGACGGCCGGGCCAUGGAGAGUCUAGUGCAUUACAGCAAUCCCUCCCAUGCCCUCUCAGUGUUAGGGGCCCUGAAUGAGCAGCGCCUGCGGGGCCAGAUGUGUGAUGUAGUCCUGGUUGUGGCGGACCAGAGGUACCAGGCCCAUAAGAGUGUCCUGGCUGCCAACAGUGAGUAUUUCCAGUCCCUGUUCACACGGAUGGACGCAGACUCACUGAGAGUUGUAAACCUGGACUUCUGUGAGCCUGACGCCUUCGAGAUAGUUCUGAAUUACAUUUACUCCUCCUCACUUUUUGUGGACAAAGGCAGCCUGGCAGCCAUUCAGGAGAUGGGCUACAGCCUGGGAAUCCCUUUCCUCACCAACAUUGCAUCAACAAGGCCGCAUGCAUCCUACUGUGUGUCUAGAAAAAGGCUUUCGUUCUCAGAAGGGGAGGAGAAUGAUGUCCAGACAAGGAGCGUCAUUGUGCGUCGGGUCCGGAAUGACACAGCCCAUCCCUCUCGCUCGAAUUAUCAGAGAAAAACAUCAGAGAGAUCAUCCUCUCCCCACUCUACUCGAGAGUCAGCUCUGCCUCCAUCAGAACACAACUCGUAUGAAUCAGUCAGAAACUCAGAAUCCAUCAGCAGGAAAUCAUCUGAGCAGAGAGAAGCUGUUGAAAGGAAGCCCACCUUUCCAUACGCCUCCAUAUUAAAAGGGAACCCAUCACACGUCACAUCUGUUAGACCCCAGCUGACGUCAUCAGUGUCUUUCAGUGAUGCUGAAGUGCAGCACAUCAGGCUGCAGCAUGGCACUGACCUGGACACUAAAGAGGAGAAUGAAGAGUUGGAGUCCCACUAUGACACCAAAGUGCCCUUUCAGGGUCAGGCCACUGAGCCAAGCCAGACCAUUGACAGGAGCGGGCCGCUCAUAAAAAGCCUACUCCGAAGAUCGUUGUCCAUGGACAGCCCUGUUCCGGUCUUCUCGCCCACACUGGAGCUAAAGGAGCUGCAAAAUCGUGAGCAUUCAGUUGUUAAAAUGGCCUCAAAAGCAUCUGGGCCGGAAACAUCUGCUCACAAUGGCAAUUCGAAAAGAACAUCUCCCCUGGUUCUCAGGUCAAAGUACCCCAGCAGGUAUGAUGAAAAACCUCAGGUAGAAAGAGAGUACAGUGUGAAAGCUGAGCCCAGCAGUCCUCUCGGCGACCCAAUGGACAUUAUUCGGAUCACAGUUGGAGAUGCAUUGCCGGUCAAUCUUAAAGACUUGCAAACAAAUUACGACCAAGGUUCCAGGCCAGACUUCAGUCCUUAUGGGAAAAGAAAGGACAGACCAGACAACAGAAGGUACCCAUUCAAGAAGAACAAAAUAUUUAAAGAGCACACCUUCUCACUUGAUGAGAACGUGUCAGAAACAGUACCUCAAAGUGCCAGCAGCGACUCCAACGAAAACCGCGGGGAGCCACCUCACAACAAGAUUUUCAAAUGCUGGAACUGUCUAAAGGUUUUCAGGUCCAGCGCGGGACUACACCGUCAUGUAAAUAUGUAUCACAACCCCGAAAAGCCGUAUGCUUGCGACAUCUGCCACAAGCGCUUCCAUACCAACUUCAAAGUGUGGACUCACUGCCAAACUCAGCAUGGUGUAGUACAAAACCCAGCGUCGUCCUCCAGCUCCUCUGUACUGGAUGAGAAAUUUCAAAAGAAGCUGAUAGAUAUUGUGCGAGAGAGGGAAAUAAAGAAAGCCUUGCUUUGGAAGUUAAAGAGGAAUAAGCAGGGUUUGCAGUCUCCCGCGCUCGCCAAGAAGAGAUCAAGACCCAGCUUCAUAUGUCCUUACUGUGGGAAGGUAUUUGUGUUCCAGUCUCAGUACAGACAGCAUAUAAGAACACAUCCUGCUGAAAAAGCUGACCAGGACACAGCGAACGAGAGCAUCCUCUACCAGGAAGAGGAUGAGGACGUUGAACAGAAGAACACAGAUGCUGGUGUUUACUCCUGUAGGCUUUGUAAUAUGAAGCUGUCUUCACUCUUUGAGCAGGGCGACCACGAGAGGGGCUGUCGACAUGCGACCGUGUGCCCCUACUGUGGCCUCCGGUUCUCAAGUCCAACAGUCAAGAAGGACCACGAGGCACAUUGUAAGUACAAGAAACUGACGUGCCUGGAAUGCAUGCGGACCUUCAAGUCCUCCUUCAGCAUAUGGCGCCACCAGGUUGAGGUCCACAACCACAACAUGAUGACAGUUAAAGACCAGAUUCACCUGAAGCAGCAAGAGAACGACGAAGAGGUGUCCGAAAUGCUCACAGAGGAGCAUUACAGCGAUGAGCCUCUAGCCCCCGGGAGCUCAAGAGAGAUCCUCACUUACAGUGACUCCCCAGGUCCACCCAUGUACGAUUCGGAAGAUUCCUCGUCCUAUGUGCCUGAGGACCUGAGCAUGAGCCAUCAUGGCAAGCUUGUAGUGAAAGAGGAGCCGUUAGAGGAGGCUGUGAGCGAGAUGGAAAACUCAGAGACCGCCCAAACUGGGCCCGAGGAGCCCGGUGUGUGGCCAUGCGAGAAAUGCGGAAAUCUUUUCAGCUCUCGCAAAGACCUGGAACGCCACCAGGAGCUGCUAUGCCACAUCAAACCAUUCAUCUGUCACAUCUGCAACAAAGCCUUCAGGACCAACUUCCGCCUUUGGAGCCACUUCCAGUCCCACAUGUCGGCUUCUAACGAACCUGGAGCCAAAGAGAUCGACAGAGACCCCUCGUCUCUGUCCCCCUCCCCCCCCACCACCCCUCAAAACUCUGAGCGUCCCUCCCUGCCGGCCUCUGUGCUCAAAUCCACCCAGGCGGCGCCAGUCGCUGCAGUGAUGACCGAGGAGUCCAGCAGCCCAGAGCCCUGUAGCUCAUCAGUAAGCAAGACGAAGAGGCCCGAACUAGAACGGCAAUCCAGCAGCCACAGCCCUCUGUCAAGGUCGAACAGCAUGGAGAAUGCAGGUGGCCCUCAGGAAUCAGACACACUCUUUUACCAUGCGCCGUCUCUCUCUGCCCUGACGUUCAAGAGGCAGUACAUGUGUAAACUCUGUCACAGGACCUUCAAGACGGCCUUUAGUCUUUGGAGCCACGAGCAGAGUCACAGCCACGUGUAAGCAUCAAGUUGUAGUUGUGCAUUUCUCUUGAGAGACAGUGAUCAAUAUUAGAAUCAACACACCUCAGCCUACAAAAGGAAGACUCUGAAUGUAUAGCUUAUUUGCUUGCCUCCAAUGUCAUAUAUAUAUAUAUUGAAGUGGCCAUGUUCAUUAGAGGUGUAAACGUGAAUGUGCAAUCAAGUGCUAGAUUCCUCUGUGAGAUGAGAUGGUUAUAACUGGUUCCUUUCAAAAUGAGCAUUUCUCUAUUUUAAACCUCUUUUAGUUGUCUACUUGUAUUUAUCUAUCUAGGUGUUUUUGAGAAAACAAGGUACAGAGUUGCGCCCCUCAUUACAUCCGCUGUACCACGUUUGACUUAAAGGUACAGUGACAACUAUAUAGACGGGUUUCGGUGCAACGUCAUCACAGAGAUGCGCGCGCAGCUAGGGGGCAGAAAGCACGGCAUGUCUGGCGGAGCCAAUCUCCACAGUAGAGAUGACAAGGAGUUGUUGUACAGUAAACUAAACCAGCCGCAGAAAAGAUUGAUUGAAAAUGUUCAAUAUUCUGAGGGGAUCACAUGCCUUUGGUAAAACAGAAAGAGGUUAUGGAUCCAGGCCUGAGUGACAAAAGCAUCCUAGUCACACAGCAUUAGUUAAGCAGCGUGUGGUCAUGGCGAGCUGUCAUGGUCCACAGAUCGAUAAAAAUGAACUGAUCAACAGCAGGGUGAUCGACCCACACUCUAAGGAAUAUUUCAGUAAUAACAAUAAACAAAUCUCAUACUUAUACGUCAUAUGAUAAUGUUAUCUGGUGGUUGGACUGCAGGGGUCUAGUAUAGUCAACAAGAAUGUACAAACUACAAUCUUGUGACCGGCUGCCAAAGCGUUUUUUCCCCCUGAAUGCGCACGCACACAGUAAUGUUUGUAUACAAGAAACCCGUCUAUACAUUGUUUUCUCAGUGUGGAAAAAGUGCUUUGGAGUUGAAUUACAGAGUAGUGCUUUUUGCUUUUUGUAUCAGAAUCUUUUUCUUGGUGUGAGUGACAUCCCUUAAGAUAAUAUCGGUGGCCUCAACAAUGUUUUCAAUAUGCACUUUUGUUCAACAGUUUGAUUCUGUUAGAGGGGGGACAUAGUCCAAAAUGUUUGCUUGGAUCCUUUCACUGACUGAGGUUUCAGGCUGCAGAAGUAUAAAUGAUAAGCAGGCCCAGUAGUUUCUACAUAUUUAGCUUUCCUUUUCAUUAUUUCUCUCACAUUUGAGUUAGAGCUGCACGAUUAUAUCUAAAAUGAUAAUCAUGAUUAUUUCUGCUCAAAAUUGAGAUCACGAUUAUUUAUCACGAUUAUUCAUUGAUUUUUUAGAGACAAAAUCAUUUUGUUAGGUAAACAGAGCACUGCUUUCACUUCCAUGUUGGACUACAUUCCGGCUAAUGUAUAAAUCUUUGCAUCAAAACAAGACUGGUCCUUCACCAGAGAAUUGCUUUCACUUUCACUUUGUGCUUUAUGUUUUCUAUGAGCGGAGCGUGCAAUUUAAAUGUCAAUAUCACAGUCAGUCGUGUUCAUUUAUUUGUGGAAAGUCAAAUUCAUGAUCACGAUUAUUAUCCGAUUAAUUGUGCAGCCCUAAUUUGAGUUUCUUAUUGCCUUUGCGUCAUUUUGUGCAAUGGGCUGAUUGAAUAAGACCUUCAGUAUGAUAAAAUGUUACUCCUACAAACUGUACAUCAAACACCCGUUGCAUUACAGUAUGCAGCCUUGAUAAAUUGCUUACAGUCUUCAUGCAGUACUUUAAUUUAUCUUUUCAACUUUUAACCUGGUGAGUAAUUUUCACAUGUAUACAAAUGAAUGAGACAAGUGCAAUCAUCAGUCAUAACAUUUGAGAAAGUUGUGUUUUUACCCAGAGGGAAAUGAUUAUUAAAUCAUUCUAAAGGUUGCUGAAAAGACAAGUUUGUAAAAGGUGCUCAGACUAGCCUACUAGUUUAAAAGAAAGGGGGGAAAUUGUUUAGGGCUGACCCGAAUGCUUUGAAGCUUUGACCGUUGCCAUGGUAAUCAAACUACAAAUCAGUAUUCAAAUGCUUUGGUUUAAAAAAAAUAUAUAUAUAUAUAAGUAUGUAAUGUAUAAAUCCCAAAAUAGCCCAUGAAAUAAGGAAUAAUCCCACAACAUUAUUAAUUAUUCAUGUUCAACAUUAAUGAUUAUUCUCAAACAGAUAGCGCUGUUUGUUGUGUGUUGAGGUGCGUGUCUGUACAGUAGUGUGGCAGCAGCAGUGAAACAGGAAAGAUGGAGACACCCGGACAGAAGAACAUGUCAGCCUCUUGUGCCACAAAGAUUUGAAUACCUUCGAAGCCCAAAAAAUUGUAUUCGGGAAAGCCCUAAAAUUGUCAGUGAAAAUAACGGACUGGUUUGAUUUGAUAGUAUCCUAAAUACUAGAUAACAUCAUUCAAACUUUCAGACGAAUGUUUAAAAAAGCACACUGCAGUAUAGUAAUGCGAUUUAUGGUUGUACUCAAAUAAUAAAUAUGAAAAAUAUAUAAUUUGUUAUAUAUAAGACAUUGUCACAAUUUCUGAAUCCACUAAAGUCCACCCCCCCCGGUGCAACAGCAGUGUGGUAAUUAACCCAGCUUUACAAUGCUUUGAUGGCCUUAUGCAACUUUAAAAAAUAUUUUGUCGAUAUUAUUUUACAUGAAAGCACAAUAGAGUUUCAGAUGAUUUAUGACUCAGGCUUUUCAAGAAGAGGGAAGCAUGAGAAAGCAAAUCUUUUAUUCUAUGAAUGGUGAGAAAGUGUUCCUGCUUCCUAAAGAUUUAUUAUUAAAGGUUGUGUUGAUUGUAUUCCAGUUGUUUCACAAUUGUAUUCUUGUACAAGUAUAUAGUUCUGCUUUGGCUUGAUGGAUUAGACCUUCGUCAUAAAUUAUUACGAUUGCUACGAUUUGGGAGAUGUUGCAUUCAAAGAGUGCUCCACACAAACUAUGGGAAUUUGUUUUCCUCUGAAACGCGAGCUGCAUUGUGAUGUUAAAUUCUUUGGAGAAUUUCUGUAUUGAUAAUAGUGCUCUUAAUUUCUUGUGAUAAAAACUUUCUGAAAGUGUCACAGAAAUGAUUAGAAUUGUGUACAUGGAAGUGUUUGUAUCCUCGAUUUUGUACCAAUUUUGUUAGUAAACAAAAGUUUUAUCUUUUUAGUAUUCCUGUGCUCUCACUGCAAUAAUGAAUAUUUGUAUCAGCAUUGGUUGCAUUAUUGUUGCUUUUGGAAACUUGCAGCUGUUUUGUGUUUAGGUUUUUCUACAGUUUUUGUGCUUCAUUUCUGUAAUAAAGAGUAACAAUGGAGUAUAUAUACAA